AUGGAUCAAGCAAAUAUAGAUUCAAGAAUUAGAGAAAUACUACUUGAAGGAUGUAAACAAGAACUUCCCUUUGAUGAUGAAAGAGAACAAGAACGUCAGAAACAUAUUGAAAUCAUCAUUGUACAUGAUACCAAAGUAUCAUUGGAUUUGGUAGAUCAAGUUGGUCUAUACUUGUAUAAUAAGAGUGUAACAAUCAAGAAAUUACUCGCACUUAAACAUAAACAACAAGCUGCUCUACAAAAGACGUCUUUUGGUGGGGAAGCCGAGUUAAAGAUUUAUAGUAUCAUGUCUGAUGAUUUCAUUCACCAUGAUCCACACAAAACAUCCAAUGGUCUAGUCAAGUUGAUUGUGACAAUCGACUCUUGUUACCCCAAUUCAUCAUUUAAACUGUUACAACUAAAUGCCAAAGCAUCUCAAUUGUUGUCUUGUAGUCAUCCCCUCAUCAACUUGUAUGACCAUCAAAUCUCUGAUGACGCUUCACAAGACAAUUUACCUUUGACUAAACAAAGUAUAGAGAUGGUACUUGGAUUAUCUGGAUUCCAAGACGCCAAAACAGAACAAUUUAUAAAUGGACAUAACCUCACUUUGAUUACUUCAGUUUCACCUAGUUGGCCAAUUGGUCAAUCUGAUCCAAUCAAUCCAAAUAAUCAAAAUACAACUAAAAGUUAA